CGCAUGUAGCCUGUCAGUCGCCGCCACUGAUCUUGUUCGUCUCUUCCCAUCUGUUUGAUAUCUUUUCGCAUGGCUGUCAGUAACAAGAUCAGUAGACCCUAUGCCCGACCUCAUUCACCAACGCGUUCCUCACCUCCACUGUCUGCCUUUCCUGCACCAUGAACAACCUCCCGGCAAGGGCAACUCAAGGCCCAUUAAAUGACUUUCCUUCACCAUCCGCCACUCCUCAGUUAUACCCUACCCUCACCAAAGCCAUAUCGACACUCGCCCUUCUUAUCCUGGGCUAUUAUGUGGUUUCGCUCCUUGACGCCUGGCCGUCAACCCUACAAAGAUCUGCUUUUGAAAUAGCGGCCUUCCUCCUUCCCUCACGUAUUCUCUACGCCAUGCAGUAUACCAUGGUCCGCCUCGGUCGCUUAAACCCCGAAGAUGCCAAAUUUAACCGACGAGACUACGGUGAUUUGCACGCCAAACAGGAAGCCUUGAAGACAAUUCUCGGACACCAGCCUAUGCCAUUUAUCCUUCAUCGUGUCCGCAGUCUGUCAAGUAACUCCAGCGUAACCAUACAAUCACCUAUUGGUACAACUCCUCCUGGCCUAGGCAAUUGGGACAAUUCAUGCUAUCAGAAUAGUACGCUGCAGGGCCUAGCCUCAUUACCGGCGUUCCUCAACAGCCUUGAGUCAAGCCUAGACUUUUGUAAUCAGUUCCCUGUCAACAGUGAGACACAUCGUGCGUUGGCAGGCUUUCUCCAAGAUCUUACGACGUUGUCCAGUUCUCGGACAGUUUUAUGGACACCAAAGAUCCUCAAAUCGAUGGACAGUUGGCAGCAACAGGAUGCACAAGAGUAUUUUUCAAGAAUAUUGGAAGCAAUUGAGAAAGAGGCUAUCAGAUCGGUCAAAGCUUGUCAAACGUCGUCUCAACCUGGCCUGGAGUGCGUGCAAAGUCUCUUUGCUGGCGGCAAAAUGCCCACAGCAACAUCAGAUGACAUACAGGAGCAAUCCCGGGGGCAAAUUCCAAAAAUGGCCCAUGGUGUCGAGUCGCACAAUGUCUUACGCGAUAUUCGCAGCCCUCUAGAUGGUCUGACCGCUCAAAGCCUGCGAUGUACGACCUGUGGUUUCACUGAGGGACUGUCUUUAACACAGUUUAACUGUCUUACAUUGAACCUAGGUCUCAGAGGAUUCGCCACUCUGGAAGACUUGAUCGAUGACUUCACCGAGCCCGAAGAGGUCCAAGAGGUGGAAUGUGACCGAUGUACAAAGAACGAGCGUGAUCGAGUCACUCAAGGACGUGAUAGCACAGAUGCGAUCAAUGAGUCAAAUCAGGAGCACGGGGGAAAGCUCAAGCCGGUUUUGAGGACCAAGCUGAAACAAAUCACUCUCGCCCGAUUGCCAAAGGAUCUUGUCCUACACAUCAAUCGCAGCAUCUUUGACGAUUUUGGCAAUCAACGAAAAAACAGCUCGGCUAUCAAAUUUCCAAUCUUUCUGAGCGUGUCGAAUCGAUGGAGUGUACCUCUUGACAAUGGCGAACGCCAGAAUCAAGUCGUGUAUGAGUUGAAGUGUGUCGUAACUCAUUACGGGCGGCACGACAAUGGGCAUUACAUUGCAUUGGGCAAAAGAGAUAAGGACUGGUAUUCGUUCAAUGAUGAAAGGGUAACCAAGAUCAGUGAAGAGGAAGUCCUUGGCUAUGGCAACGGUUUCAUGUUUUUCUAUGAAGCAGUGACACCGGAACCGGCCAUGCGCCCAAUUGUUGAGCAAGAAGCAAACAUGUCAGAAGCUAACAUGUCGACUGAAGUGUCUCACGAUGAGGCGAGAGUGAUGGGCGCGAGAGGAGAGAGUUCGGAGAUUGACUCUGAGACUGUGGACUCGAUCGUAGUGGAAGAAAGUGCUCCUGCGACUGCUACAGAUGGAGAUGAGACGCAGGUUUGCCUCGCACCAGCACCUCCUCCGCCACCUGAGUCGAUUACACAGGGAAAAGAGCUGGCCCUGGAUGAGAGUCCGCCGUCACUGCCGGACGAACCAGAAUCGAAGGGCAUCCCAACAAUGCGGACUGCUUCAGGUUUCCUAGACCAAGGUCAGGAGGCCAUCCACCUUGUCAAAGCUCCAAUUGUGCAGAGACUUUGA